ACCCCGCUCACGUGAUCGCCCGGAGGUCAUAUGGGCGCGUGUCAUGUGCCUGCCGGGACCGCGCCUGCUGCGCCGGGAGCCGCCGAGAUGGGGCCGGUGCUGUUGUUCGUGCUGCUGGGGCUGGGUCUGAGCCGGGCCGCCCCCUCGGACCAUGAGGUGACGUUCCUGCCCGGGCUGUCCAAGCAGCCCGCCUUCCGGCACUUCUCGGGCUACCUCUGCGUCCGGCCGGGCAUGUACCUCCACUACUGGUUCGUGGAGGCCCAGAGCAACCCCCAGAGCAGCCCUCUGGUGCUGUGGCUGAACGGGGGCCCUGGCUGCAGCUCCAUGGAGGGCUUCCUGAAAGAGCACGGCCCCUUCCUGAUCCAGCCUGAUGGAGUGACGCUGAAGUACAAUGACUAUGCUUGGAACAAGAUUUCCAACAUACUCUACCUGGAGUCCCCGGCUGGAGUCGGCUUCUCAUUCUCUGACAACAAGAAGUACACCACAAAUGACACUGAGGUUGCUCACAAUAACUACCUGGCACUGAAGGAGUUCCUCCGGCUCUUCCCUGAGUACUCCAAAAACGAUCUUUUCCUCACCGGGGAGAGCUAUGGGGGGGUCUACAUCCCCACACUGGCUGAGUGGGUGAUGCAGGACCCCAGCCUCAACCUGAAGGGAAUCGCUGUGGGAAAUGGCCUCUCAUCCUACGAGAUCAAUGACAACUCCCUGGUGUACUUUGCCUAUUACCAUGGCCUGCUGGGGACCAAGCUGUGGAAGGACUUACAGGCCUACUGCUGUUCCCAAGGGAAAUGUAACUUCCAUGACAAUGCCAACCUGAACUGCACACUCAAGAUGCAGGAGGCAAUUCAGAUAAUCGAGGAGUCUGGCCUGAACAUCUACAACCUCUAUGCCCCUUGUGAUGGUGGUGUCCCUGGGAGCAUGAGGUACGAGGGUGAUUGUCUCAUCACACAUGACCUGGGCAACUCCUUCAUCCGGAUGCCAAUGAGGUUCUCGUGGCGGCAGAACCUGUUCCGGAUGCCGGUAGCCCGGAAGAGGGUCCGGAUGGACCCUCCCUGCACCAACUCCACAGCCCUCAGCACGUAUCUGAACUCCCCAGAGGUGCGGAAGGCUCUGCACAUCUCCCCCGAGGCUCCAGAGUGGGAGGUGUGCAGCUUCGAGGUGAACCGCAGCUACAAGCGCCUCUACAUGCAGAUGAAUGACCAGUACCUGAAGCUGCUUGGAGCUAUGAAAUACCGGAUCCUGGUGUACAAUGGGGACGUCGACAUGGCCUGCAACUUCCUCGGGGAUGAGUGGUUUGUGGACUCCCUGUGCCAGAAGGUGCAGGUGGCUCGUCGGCCCUGGCUCUACACUGAGAGAGGUGAGAACCAGAUCGGGGGCUUCGUGAAGGAAUUCACCAACAUUGCCUUCCUCACUGUCAAGGGAGCUGGACACAUGGUGCCUACAGACCGGCCGCUCGCCGCCUUCACCAUGUUCAGCCGCUUCAUUAAGAACGAGCCCUACUAGGAGCUGCGGUGGCAGUGCCCGGCUGCCCCCACCACCCAGUAUCCCUGCACAGCCUGUCCUGUCCCAUGGGCUGCACCCAGGCCACCUGUGCCAGGAACCAGCCACUCCCACAGCUAGCUGGGCUCCCGGCUCAGCCCAGACCCACGGGACGAUGCCUGGCAGGAUGGGCCAGGGCUGUCUGUGGGUGCAGACGAGGAGUCCCGGGGGCUGCCUGUGGGUGGGGGAUCAGGAGUGCUGGGGCUCUGUCCCGGCUGGGUGAGGAGCUGUGCCCCUGCUCCAGCCACCACUUUGCUCAUGGCUUCCCUACCAAUGCCUACCCCAGGGAGGGAGCAGCACCCACCACUUCCCCCUGCCCUGCAUGCACCCAGACAGGCUGCAGGCAGCUGGGCACUGCUCCUGUGGGGACCCUGCUCCUCUCCAUGCUGCUGCCACAUCCGAUCCCAGUGAAGGAGCCUUACUGUGAAGACAAUCCCCCUGCCCUCUCACUGCCCAGGGCACGUUGUGCCCCUGGGAGCUCGCAAUAAACCCUCUGAACCAGG